GACGUGUUCCAGCAGAGGGCUCGUGUUGUGACUUCACGUCACGUGACGUGACUUCCGCCCUCAGCGGACUGUUUGCACUUCGCAGCUCUACGCUUCAUGACAUAUUUCGAGCUUUAAGAUCCGAGAUGACUCAGGUAAGCCAUCAGCAGUGGGGAACAGUGAGCGGCGUGGGCAGCGUGGACAUGUGGGUCCUUCAGUCCUCCAUGGUGCGGGUGGAGGUCCUCACCCUGGGUGCCAUUAUAAGGUCUGUGUACUACAAAGGGAAGAAUGAUAAAAUGGAGGAUGUAGUCCUGGGCUAUGAUGACCUGGAAGGGUAUGUGUCCGAUAAACGAUAUCUGGGCGCUGUGGUGGGCCGUGUAGCCAACAGGAUUGCUCGGGGACACUUUGUGGUGGAAGGAAAAGAGUACCAACUUGAUAUAAACAACGGACCUAAUGCACUACAUGGAGGCCUACGAGGCUUCAAUAAGGCUAUCUGGCUCGCUACAGAGGUGGACGGUGGUGUGAGCCUGAGUCUCACCAGUCCAGAUGGAGACCAGGGCUAUCCUGGUGAGGUUCAGGUCUCUGUCUCCUACACUCUACAGGGGGAAACACUCACAGCUGAAUACCGAGCCCGCUCCACCAAAACCACCCCCAUCAACCUCACCAACCAUUCCUACUUCAACUUAUCUGGGCAGGGAGCAGCAGAUGUCUAUGAUCAUGAAGUGUCCAUCAGUGCACAGUCUUACCUGCCAGUUGAUGAGACUUCCAUUCCUACAGGAGAGAUCAGGGCUGUGGAAGGCACACCGUUUGACCUCAGAAAGCAAGUUCUGAUUGGCGCUCGACUGAAGGAAGUUCCUGGUCAAGGGUUUGACCACAACUUCUGUCUGUCCUUACGCAGAGAUGACUGGACAGAAAGACAUGCUGCUAGGGUCUGUCACCCGCCCAGUGGACGUGUUCUGGAGGUUUCUACAAGCCAACCAGGAGUCCAGUUCUACACUGCCAAUUUCCUGGAUGGCUCUAUAGCAGGAAAGGGUGGUUUUAGGUAUAUGAAGCACAGCGCCUUUUGUCUGGAGACACAGAACUGGCCUGAUGCUGUCAACCAGGCUUCAUUUCCUGACUGUCUUCUGCGUCCUGGUGAGGAGUACCAUCACGUCACUCGCUUCACCUUCACCACCGUCUGAUCCAAUAUCAAUGAUCUGUAGAACAAAUUAAAAAAACUGAGAGCAGUCGCUGACCUCGGUUUUAAUCUUCCAAAUGGCAAUAAACUGCUCAGGAACAGCUGACCAGCCCCAUUCUGGACCAGAACUACCCAGAUCCAAUCAGGAGUUGGGUUCUUGGAAAUGUAGCUGAUUUCUGUUGGUUGUUCCAAGUUAAAUUAAAUAGGACUGUGAUUUCUUCAGGGCUUUCCUAAUACUUCUAAUCAAAGUUUACUUAUAGGUUCAAGGAAAAUUCCAGCAACUUGAAAUCUGGUUCUGUGUAAGUGAUAUAAACAAAUACCUGUUGUAGCUCUUUAAACAAACUGAUCUUUGAGAAAACAACAGAGAUGAGCCCAAACGAGAUCUUAAUGCAACAAUCACCUCAUACUAGCUGUCAGCACUGUGGUUCAGGGGUGAUAAUUUGCACUUGUUUUGCAGACCUAAACAAAAAAUAAAAAGUUUCAGUUGUUGUUGAA